AUGGUAUAUCCCGUAGUGCCGCUUUGCUGGAACGAGUGGGAUAACGCGGAGUACGUGGCCCGUCUCGAGUGUGAGCAACAGGCUUGCUCUCCUCUCAUCUCCCCCUCUGUCGACAUGGAAGACACAUUAAUCGGAGGCGUGGCGACAACAGCUCCUAAAUCAUCAUCCCACGCGCCGUCCACGAGAAAGAGGCGACACUCAUAUACGCGCGUUGCUUGUGUAAGGCUCGCCUCCAUCAUGUCCGGUGUAAGGUAUCUUACCCGCGUUAGGAAUGCGACGGAGAGCCAAGCUUCUCCUACGAAUACGGUGAAUCAGCAAGCUGCGUCUUCCACAGACUCCCGCCCAGGACAGCCUCAUCCAGUAGCUGCCCAUAACCCAACGCCCUCAGCCCCGUCAAAGGCCAAUGGACUGCUCAGCUCCGACUAUUACCUUCAGCUGGCCGAGAAGCUUUUAACUGCAGCGAGGCCUCCAUCUAACCAAACGGCCAAACCUCAAAACCCAUAUGAUGGUGUCCCUGUCACGUAUCUUCUUGAGCAGCUGCUCCUGCAUCGGGCAAGCAAAUCUCCUGGGAACGUGUUGGCUUUCAUCGACAACGAUCGCUGGAUCAGCAUCAUUUCAUUCUACGAAGAGGAAAUUGGUGUUCAGUAUCCGUUUCUUAACCUCGAAGAGCUAAAACGCCAGGUCACAGAAAAUGGCCCGAGGAGUUCAAAUGAUGGCCAUCAUCCGUCAUCACAGUCACCGUCGAGCACCAAAGUGAGCCGCAGUCAGAUCGAAAAUAUUGCGAUCCACAUAUUGGCCAUCAUAUCCAUCUUCGCAGAUGCACGAGCUAUAGGGAUAGCAAAUUCUUGGGUUGAAGAAACAUACGCAACGACCGUGGCAAAAACACAACUUCAAAGCGCCAUCAAUGCCGCCGAUUUGUGCUUGCUGAUUCUUGCUGCCAUCUUCUUCUUCCAUAGUGACCGAGAAGUCUUAGCUUGGAGAGCGAUUGGCAAUGUUCUCCGGCUUCUUCAGGAAAACAGCUCUCGAAAUUCGGGCGACCUGAGUCUUCAUGAGGGGAGUCAGAUUGCAGCGGCGGGCGAAAAGCUUUACUGGUGUGUCUACACACUUGAUCGCCGCUGGAGUUUUGGCACAGAUUUGCCGUUUGCGGUUCACGACACUGAGAUUGACCGACAUCCCAUGUUAGAGAACGAUUCACCUUCAACAUCUUACGUGAUAAGCAUGGUCUCCUAUUGUCGCAUCUCAUCAGAUGUGAGAAAAUGGUUACUGGAACCCAUAUCUGGCUCCGCGUCUGAUACGACACGCGACUUUCUCGACUUUCGCGUCGUGCAAUGGAAGCGCAACUUGCCCGCCAAUCUUCAAUAUGACCCUUCCAAAAAGUAUGAGCCAACAAGGGUUGACCGGGGAGAGUACAGAAUCCGCCUGCUUCUGUAUUUGAGGGCCAACCAAAUGAGGAUUAUCAUACACAGGACAUCGGCAAAUCGCCUCGCAUCAAAUAACCUUGACUCGUCCACAGCCAAUGUCUUGGCUGAAGUAUCCCAUGAUACAAUUCGUACCUUGGUUCGGCUCGCCGACGAAACCGAUAUUUAUCACGCACAACAUAAGACUUACAACCACUUUCUCGAAUCUGCCCUGUCCUCGAUGCUUCUGGUGCUGGGCAGCAUCAGCGACGAUGGCAAUCGAGCCUCGUGUCUUCAGGAUGCAUUCGAUGCCGUAGAGCUGAUUCAACGUCUGUCACUAACAUCACCCGUCUCGCAACGCCUCUUGGAACGGUUACGCAAUAUUCACGAGGCCAUGGAUAGCUUUCGAGCUCGAGGCAGCAGGGCAACAUCACAAAUGUCGUCAAGUCUUGAUGGAACGACAUCGCUACCGCAAACAACGUUUAGCCCUGAUCGGUCCAUGCCAUUUGCACGACUCGAAGCCGAUCAAGGCUAUGACAAUGGCUCCAGGACAAACAUGGACAGGGCAAGGGCAUCUGAGCAGCCAUUGGCGGUUUCGGUAUUGUCCGGUCGCAACGGGGCUGAGAGGGACCAGCAACAGCGCAGAAUAAUGGGGUAUUCUUUGGGCGGAAAUCAGACUAUGGCGUCGCCGUCUCAAUCUUUCCCUCAAACGUCGUCAGCCGCUGGCAUUACUACUGUAUCGCCGGAUAUAUCGCACUCAAGGCGUGGAUUCGACAUGUCCGGAACUAUCCUUAAUUUGGCUACUGACUUGCCUUUCAUGAAUUUCCCUGAGCUGGGCCAGUUUUUUGACGAUAACCCGGUCAAUUUCACGUUUUAA